CCCAUUUCUCUUCCCUUAUAUUCCCCUUUCACCCUCUCCCUUUCCCUCUAUCUCUCUGCAUCAUCAUCUUUCUAAACCAUGAUCUCCAUUGCUGAUCACCCCGUUGAACUUGAAACCCCAAAGCCCGACCAACAGUUCUCCCCUGAACCCACCUCCGAUCAUGUUUUCAGAUCUAAGUUGCCCGAUAUACCCAUCUCAAACCACCUUCCUCUCCACACUUACUGCUUCCAAAACCUCUCUUCUUCCUCUGACAAACCAUGUCUGAUCUCCGGAUCAUCUGGCAAAGUCUAUUCCUUCCACGAAACCCACUUGGUUGCACAGAAGACAGCUGCUGGUUUGUCCAGUUUAGGCAUCCAAAAGGGAGAUGUCAUCAUGAUUCUCCUUCAAAACUCUGCUGAAUUCGUGUUUGUGUUCAUGGGAGCUUCCAUGAUCGGAGCUGUUUCGACCACGGCUAACCCUUUUUACACACCCAAAGAGAUCUUCAAGCAGUUCAAAGCUGCUGGAGCUAAACUCGUCGUCACUCAAUCCCAAUAUGUCGACAAGCUUAGAGAUAGCUACAACGUCGUCGAUGACAACGAAAAGUUUCCCAAAAUAAGCGAAGAUUUCAAGGUGAUCACCAUCGAUGACCCUCCGGAAAACUGUUUAGAUUUCAGUGUGUUAUCGGAAGCAAACGAGAACGAGAUCCCUCAAGUUUCCAUUCACCCCGAAGACCCUGUAGCUUUGCCCUUCUCUUCGGGAACAACGGGGCUACCCAAAGGAGUCAUUUUAACUCACAAAAGCUUGAUAACAAGCGUCGCUCAGCAAGUCGAUGGAGAGAAUCCGAACCUUUAUCUGAAACACGACGACGUUGUAUUAUGUGUUUUGCCCCUGUUUCACAUUUACUCCCUCAACAGCGUCCUCUUGUGUUCCCUGAGGGCUGGAGCCGCGGUUCUGUUGAUGCACAAGUUUGAGAUAGGGGCGUUGUUGGAGCUAAUACAGAGGCAUAAAGUGUCGGUGGCCGCGGUGGUGCCGCCGUUGGUGUUGGCAUUAGCUAAGAAUCCAGUGGUGGCGCAGUUUGAUUUGAGCUCAAUAAGGGUGGUGCUUUCAGGCGCUGCUCCGCUCGGGAAAGAGCUGGAAGAGGCUCUCCGGCAAAGACUUCCUCAGGCCGUUUUGGGACAGGGCUAUGGAAUGACAGAGGCUGGACCAGUGCUAUCAAUGUGCCUAGGGUUUGCUAAACAACCCUUUCCAACCAAGUCAGGUUCAUGUGGAACGGUCGUUAGGAAUGCAGAGCUUAAGGUGAUUGACCCGGAAACCGGCUGCUCCCUUGGGUACAAUCAACCGGGCGAGAUUUGCAUUCGUGGAUCCCAAAUCAUGAAAUGUUAUUUGAAUGAUAGUGUGGCCACUGCUGCCACCAUUGAUGUCGAGGGUUGGCUUCAUACGGGUGAUAUAGGCUAUGUGGACGACGAUGAUGAGAUUUUCAUAGUGGAUAGAGUCAAGGAAAUCAUCAAAUUCAAAGGCUUUCAAGUGCCACCGGCUGAGCUUGAGUCCCUCCUUGUAUGCCAUCCUUGUGUUGCAGAUGCAGCUGUCGUUCCGCAAAAAGAUGAAGUUGCUGGUGAAGUUCCUGUUGCAUUUGUGGUUCGGUCCAAUGGUUUUGAGCUCACCGAAGAUGCUGUCAAAGAAUUCAUUGCUAAACAGGUGGUUUUCUACAAGAGGUUGCAUAAGGUGCACUUUGUUCAUGCAAUUCCCAAGUCUCCUUCAGGGAAGAUUUUGAGAAAAGAUCUGAGAGCCAAGUUGGCUACUGCUACCCAAAUUGCAUGAAAAAUUGUGUUGAUUUUGUUUUAACUUAGGCUUAAUGUGUCAAGAUAGUUGUUGAAAAGAAAAAGAUCAGUAUGCAAUUAGUUCUCUGUUAUAUUAAGUUUGUUCUCAAAUGAAGUUGUCAUGCUUGUAAGCAAUUUGUUUCAUGGUGGUGUUGUAGUAAGAGGGGAAUUAAAGCCAUUGAUGUCACUUGAAGUUUGGCUCAACGUGAAUGUCUUGCCUAUUGGUUUAGAUUGGACAUUAAUCUUAUGUUCCAACUUGUAAUGUUUUCUUUUGUAUUGGAAAGAAAA